UCCUCCUCCCCCGCCCCUACCUCUUGCGCGACGCGCGGGGGCGCGCGGCGCGCGGCGCGCUCAGGGGCUGUUUUGCCCAGGCACAUGAGAGAGCACGUAGUACGCUUCGGCGAUGAAGCGAACGAGUACCAUUUCGACAGGCGGCCGUGGCCCACGCACGUGCGGGCCGUGUGCCACCUCUUCGGGAGGGGCUACGACGAGGAUGAUAACUACUACGUGCUCACGCAAGGCGGUACCGAUGGAACAGCUCGGGUGCUCCGCAGGCUCCCGCAGCUGGCGGCGGCCUCGGAGGGCGCGCCGCCGGUGUGCCUGCGCCUCGCCGCCGACCUGGCGCGGGAGAGGCUGUCCGCAUUGCGGGACGCGACCGCGUACCAGGUCAUGGAGCGACUGCAGAGCCUGCUAGAGCUGAUCCGGGGAGACGUGGUCAUGUCCAAUAUUGUCAUAGAGGAGAACGGCAUGCAGUGCGUGCUGGCCGCCAGCGGACUGGCUGCCGCCACCGAUGUGCGCCACGUCGAGCUCGCCAUGGCCUGCCUGUGCGAGCUCUUCCAGAUCGAGGCCGCGCAGGCCUGGCUGGAGGAGCACCAGGAGGAGGAGCUCCAUCCGGCCCUGUUCCGGCGCCUCUUCGCCGCCAUCUUCCGUGCGGAGUUCGCGAGGCCGUCCAAGGGGGGCCUGGCGAUGGGCGACGAGGACACCGACGACGACGCCGCGGAGGAGCUGAUGAAGAGGUGGCUCAGCGUGACGCUGCGCGCGCGCGGCUUGGAGGGGCCCCUCGUCAGUUGCCGCCUGAUCGCGAAGGGCCGCAGCCUCACCGUGGGCCUGGCCGUUCUGGAGGCUCUGAUCGCGCCGCCUCAGCCGACGUCGGCGGCGGCGCACGCCGAGGCGCUGACGGGCAUGAACACCUUCAUCCAGCACAUGAAGCAGCUCGAAGUUCACACGGCAGCCGAGUUCAACAAGUACGACCGCGUGGAGAACGCCGUCCGCAAGGAUGGGGCCACGGAGAUGACCGAGCGCACCUUCUCCAUCCGGGGCUGGCUCAUGCUCGCGGGCAUGCCCUGCCCGGUCAACGCGGUGCCCCCAGCGAUGGACAACGUCAAGAUGAACGAAUUAUGCGAGCCCGUGGUUGCGAGCCAGCCGCUGUCCGACAAGUUUGGCCAGCUUUGCUUUGUGUUUAAGCAGAUGAGGGGCGCCAGUCGAGCACCGCGGGUUGAGGGCAGUUGCGAGGUGUUCUUGCGGGGUGGCCUGAGGUGCACCUUCCCCCUCCGGGGGAUGUGGCCCAUCGUUGGGCCUUGCUCCGUGGCCGAGGCGCGGACGCCCAUCGUCAUCGCCACCCGCGUCGAGCUCCCCCCCCCGCCGCCCGCGCCCUCGGCGCCGCCCCUCGGGGUCGACGGGCACCCCGCGCAGGACUGCCCUGUCUGCCUUGGCCCCCUGUCGCGGAGCUCGAACUUCGUGCUGCCCUGCGGGCAUCACUUCCACAGCAUGUGCUGCGGGAUGGCUCUGCAGGUCUCCGCAGCCUGCCCGUCGUGCCGCACUGAGGUUCAGGACAGCACCUACGAGUCGCUGGCCAGCCAGCUGCAGACCGACCCCACGGUCAACGGCGACCUCGCCAGCGAGGUCCUGGUGAGCCUGCGUUCGCGUGCCCGCGAGGGCCGCGACGCAAGCUCCGGGAUCUCCGAGGAGGCCACCAUCGACGCCAUGCGCAGCGCCGUGCGGCGCGGUGAUGCCAACAAGGUGCCGAGCAUCGCCGCUCUGCUCGGCCGCGGUGCUGGCGCACAGGCGCGCUCGCUGCAGCCUCCCGCCGUGCGCGUGGCGGCGGUGGCUGCACUCCGGUCUCGCUGCUCGGACUCAUGA